AUGGAGCUCAUCACGAUCCUGGAGAAGACUGUGUCCCCGGACCGAAAUGAGUUGGAGGCGGCGCAAAAGUUUCUGGAGCAGGCGGCAAUGGAGAAUCUGCCCCUGUUCCUGGUGGAGCUUUCCAAAGUCCUGGCAAACCCUGGGAACACACAGGUAGCGCGUGUUGCAGCCGGUCUCCAGAUUAAGAACUCUGUAACGUCCAAAGACCCAGAGCUCAAAGCGCAGUAUCAGCAGAGGUGGCUGGCCAUCGACGCCAAUGCCCGCAAGGAGAUAAAGAAAUUUGUUCUUCAGACCCUGGGCACAGAGAACUAUCGUCCCAGCUCUGCGUCCCAAUGUGUGGCUGGGAUCGCCUGUGCAGAGAUCCCUGUAAACCAGUGGCCUGAUCUGGUCCAGGAGCUGGUAAAGAACAUGACCAAUGCCCAGUCCACCGAACACAUGAGGGAGAGCACGCUGGAGGCCAUCGGCUACAUCUGCCAGGACAUCGACCCAGAGCACCUGCAGGAGAAGGCCAAUCAGAUUCUCACUGCCAUCAUCCAGGGCAUGAGGAAAGAGGAGCCCAGCAACAACGUCAAGCUCGCAGCAACCAACGCACUUCUGAACUCUCUAGAAUUCACUAAGGCCAACUUUGACCGAGAGUCGGAGCGUCACUUCAUCAUGCAGGUGGUUUGUGAGGCCACACAGUGUCCAGACAACAGAGUGCGAGUGGCGGCGCUGCAGAACCUGGUGAAGAUCAUGUCUCUGUAUUAUCAGUACAUGGAGACGUACAUGGGCCCUGCGCUCUUUGCUAUCACGAUCGAGGCUAUGAAGAGUGACAUAGAUGAAGUGGCUCUGCAGGGGAUCGAGUUCUGGUCCAACGUCUGCGAUGAAGAGAUGGAUCUGGCCAUCGAGGCCUCUGAGGCCUCGGAGCAGGGUCGCCCUCCCGAGCACACCAGUAAGUUCUACGCCAAAGGAGCUCUCCAAUAUCUUGUGCCCAUCCUCACACAGACCCUAACCAAACAGGACGAGAAUGACGAUGACGAUGACUGGAACCCCUGUAAAGCAGCCGGAGUGUGCCUCAUGCUGCUGUCCACCUGCUGCGAGGACGAUGUGGUUCCUCACGUUCUUCCCUUCAUCAAGGAGAAUAUCAAACAUCCAGACUGGAGAUACAGGGAUGCCUCAGUCAUGGCUUUUGGGUCCAUCCUGGAAGGACCUGAGCUCAACCACCUCAAGCCCAUCAUCAUCCAGGGAAUGCCCACAAUGAUCGAGUUGAUGAAGGACCCCUCGGUGGUGGUGCGGGACACGACGGCGUGGACAGUGGGCAGGAUCUGUGAACUGAUGCCCGAAGCGGCGAUCAACGACCUUUACUUGGCGCCGCUACUGCAGUGUCUGAUCGACGGGCUGAGCGCUGAACCACGGGUGGCCUCAAACGUGUGCUGGGCCUUUUCGUCUCUUGCUGAAGCCGCGUAUGAAGCCACAGAAGCAGCAGAGGAGCAGGAGGAACCGGCCACGUACUGUCUGUCCUCCACGUUUGAGCUGAUCGUGGAGAAGCUGCUGGAGACCACAGACCGACCGGACGGGCACCAGAAUAACCUGCGGUCAGCGGCGUACGAGGCUCUGAUGGAGGUGGUGAAGAACAGCGCAAAAGAUUGUUAUCCUGCGGUGCAGAAGAUCACUCUGGUGAUCAUGGAGCGGCUCCGGCACGUGCUGCAGAUGGAGUCUCACAUCCAGAGCACCUCAGACCGCAUGCAGUACAAUGACCUGCAGUCGCUACUCUGCGCUACACUACAGAACGUCCUCCGUAAGGUCCAGCACCAGGAUGCCCUACAUAUCUCUGACGUGGUGAUGGAGUCUCUCCUCAGGAUGUUCCAGAGCACAGCAGGGUCUGGGGGGGUUCAGGAGGACGCCCUCAUGGCCGUGUCUACGCUGGUUGAAGUGCUGGGAGCAGACUUUCAGAAGUACAUGGAGGCCUUUGAACCCUUCCUCGUGAUUGGACUGAAGAACCAUGCAGAGUACCAGGUCUGUCUGGCGGCCGUGGGGCUGGUGUGUGACCUCUGCAGAGCGCUCAUGUCCAACAUUCUGCCGUACUGUGACAAGAUCAUGAACCUGCUUCUGGACAACCUCCGGAACCAGGACGUGCACCGCUCUGUGAAGCCGCAAAUCCUCUCUGUGUUUGGAGACAUCGCGCUGGCUGUUGGAGGAGAGUUUAAGAAAUACUUAGCUGUGGUUCUGGAAACGCUGGACCAGGCCUCGCAGGCGCAGGUCGACAAGACGGACUACGACAUGGUGGACUACCUGAACGAGCUGAGGGAGGGUUGUCUGGAGGCCUACACCGGGAUCAUCCAGGGCCUGAAAGGCGACCAGGAGAACGUGAUCCACCCUGACGUGAUGCUGAUGCAGCCUCGCGUUCCCUUCAUCCUCUCGUUCAUCGAUCACAUUGCAAUGGACGAAGAUCAUUCAGACGGAGUCGUGGCCAACUCUGCAGGACUCAUAGGAGACAUGGCGGCGCUCGAAAACCCAGAAGACAAAGACUUUGGCGGGAUGGGCCACGAAGGAGCUGCGCAAGCUCAAGACACAGGCCUGAUGAGGGGGUGGAGCUUGUGGAGAGCGGUGAUUUCUCAUUGGUCCCUGUGGGGGCCUGUCUGCGCGGUGAUUGGUGGAGCCGGCGCAGCAGUGUGCAGCUCCGGGGCGACAUCUGCACGAGGCCCUCAGAAGGCCAAACUACAGACUCGGUCAAUGUGGAGCUGCAGCAUGGGCUCGCCUCUCCGCAGACCUGAGCUGUGGCUGGGAGAGUUGUGGUUUUUGUCCCAGAGCUCUAAUCCCCAAGAACCCGGGAUCUGCUCGGACCGCGUUUCCCACAAUCUCGCUGCACUUCCUCCUUGUCCGUUGCCGCGGUGA